GUCCGCCAAUCUCAUGUACCAAAAAACCGGCACAUUAGCCAACAUCUACUGGGGAACCAUGGGUGGCGUUACCAACGUUCCCGCCAACUUUGAAACCAGCACCAUCCUCGUCUUCAGCAACCAAGGCAUCAACAAGGGAUUCGUCAGUUGGGGGCAGAUCCUGCAAAAAAAUGUACAGAAGAGACGACAGUUUUGUCAAGUCAGACUUCACCAACAACUAUCUGGGGUACUACACAGACAACGGUGCAUAUUACUAUUACAAUACAGAACCUCAGAAAAAUUACCAAGACACCAUAAUCGACAUUGCUACUGCUAUCAGUGACACAGGAAUACCCUUCAGAUACCUGCAGUUCGACUCCUGGUGGUACUACAAAGGUGCAGGAAAUGGGGUCAAGACAUGGGAGGCCACCCCAGAAGUAUUUCCAAACGGCAUGCAGUGGCUGUACAACAAAACAGGCUUGCCACUUACAGCACACAACAGAUACUGGGCAAGCGACACAACGUACGCUAAACAGAAUGGUGGUCAAUAUUCUUUCAUUGUUGAUAAGACGAAAGCACUUCCACUUGAACAGAUAUUCUGGGACGACCUCCUCGGCAACGCUCGAAAAUGGGGCUUAAUGACAUAUGAACAGGACUGGCUACAAGGUGAGUUUGGCGGAGUUGCUGCUCUCACUGAGGAUGUUCACCUGGCAGAGACUUGGCUCAAUCAGAUGGGGCGUGGAGCUGCCAAGAACGGACUGACAAUACAGUACUGCAUGUCUCUCUGUAGACACGCACUGCAUGCGAUCUCCAUCCCUGUCGUAACACAGAUAAGAGCUAGCCAAGACUAUCACCCUGGACAGGACCAGUGGCGUAUUGGAGUCACGUCCAUGCUGGCCUAUGCUAUCGGCAUCGCUCCCUUCAAAGACAACUUCUGGACCACGACUAUUCAACCGCGAGGAAAACAUUCAAACAGAACAGAACCAUAUCCGGAGUUGAACGCACUGGUGGCCACUCUCAGCACGGGGUCUGUCGGACCAAGUGACAUGAUCGGCAAAUUCAACAAGACCAUCAUAAUGAGGAGUGUGAAUUCGGACGGACUGAUCCUGAAACCAUCUAGACCCGCCACAGCUAUAGACAACAUGAUCAGAAGGCUGGCGUGGGACGAUUUUGAAGGUCCAGAUGGCGAGGUGUGGUCAACAUAUUCUGACUUCGGUGGCAAUAACAAAUACGGCAUCGUGCUUGCUGCUGACCUUCAAGGAAGCUACAACAUGACCCCGUGUAUGGCGGGAUUCCAAGGGUUCCCCAAGUCUAUGGUGUUCUCUGCCAAAGACCCAAACAAGGUGCAGCUGCUGACAGACCCCCAGCCUCUCCUGCUGAGUGGUUGUACCAUGGUGGACUUCUGUCUGUACUAUGUCUCACCCGUUACAACAUAUGGAGGUCAACAGGUCUUGAUUCAAGGAGAACUUGACAAGUGGGUGCCAAUGUCUCCACAGAGAGUUGUUGACAUCAACUUUGACAGCAGCGACAUCAUCGUCCGUAUUGCAGGGGGAGCUAAUGAAAUUGUCAACUUUUCGUUCAACACUGACGGGCUGUCAAAAAGUCUUCAAUGUGACCUUGGCGACUCAGGAUUUGCUACUAUUAGUUACAAAGCCUGGGGAUGCACAUAUUGAUAGAAUACAACAUGCGUCACAGUUUAUAUUAUGACAUUAUUUGUAGCAAUAAAUGCCUAUAUAUUUUGAGACAUUUAAUACGA